CUUAUCGGACAAGUUCAAGCUGUUUUUAAAGAAUUUAAAUUAUUGUCAUUCCAACAAAUUGAUACAAAAGUUGCGGGGUCUGCGAUGACACGCGAAGAAGAUAAUGGAUUUAGUGAAUGGGGCGGUUACUUUGAAGCAAAGAAAUCAAAGCUCGAAGAACAAUUUGCGGUCGCCAGUGAUCCAUUUCGCAAGUCAAAUCUCUUUGAUGGCAUUUCAAUAUUCGUCAAUGGUCGGACCAAUCCGUCAGCCGACGAACUGAAGCGUAUUAUGAUGGUCCAUGGCGGCACCUAUCACCACUAUGAACGAUCGCACACGAAUUUCAUCAUUGCGUCCAAUUUGCCGGAUGUAAAGGUUCGCAAAAUGGAUACCAGCAAGAUAAUCAGCGCCCAAUGGGUUGUAGACUGUGUAAAAGAGAUGCGUGUGCUGGACUAUAAGCCGUUUCUGUUGUACACCAAUCAAAAAACGACACAACCUCGUUUAAAUUUUGGAAAAGGCAAAAACAAUGAUUCCACAGUGACAGAAGAAUGUGAUGCGCUGGAGAAUAAGUUGGGUGGCAUACUCAAGGAGCUGCAGCAGGCUGUGGCCACUUCCCCUGAUAAAAACUCAUCCAGUGUAACCAAUGUGUCUGCGGCCAAUGUGUCUGUGGCCAAUAGCAGCAACAGUGCAAAGACUGCCGUCGAUCCCGCAUUCCUCAGCGAGUUCUAUAAAAACUCACGUCUUCAUCAUAUUGCAACUCUUGGUGCCGGUUUCAAGCAAUAUGUUUGUGAGUUGCGCCAUGCACAUGGUAACAAACCAUUUGCCAAGCGUGUAGAACUACGUUCACUCUUGGCCAGCCAAGUGAAACCAAUCACAGCGAUGACUACCAAGCGGUACGUCAUGCACAUAGAUAUGGAUUGCUUUUUUGUAUCCGUGGGUCUGCGCAAGCAUCCAGAGCUACGCUUCCUGCCCGUUGCCGUGACGCACUCCAAGGGCGGAGGUGCAGCCACCGAUGUGCCAAUUCAUCCUCAGGCUAAUCGUCAAGUAGAACAGGAGCUCUUUGCUCAGCGUUUUGAGAAGCAACUGCAUGACAACGUUCUGGCCGAUAAGGUGCGCUCUGGCUUUGACAAGAAGAUGUCGCUCUCGGAAAUUGCCUCCUGCAGCUACGAAGCCCGAGCCAAGGGUGUGAAGAAUGGCAUGUUUGUUGGCCAUGCGCUGAAGCUGUGCCCUGACCUGAAGACCAUACCAUAUGACUUUGAGGGCUAUCGCCAGGUGGCUUUCGCUCUUUACGACACUGUGGCACAGUACACACUCAAUAUAGAGGCUGUUAGUUGCGAUGAAAUGUUUGUAGAUCUGACAGAUCUGCUGCAGGAGCUGCAAGUCGAUGUCAUGACGUUUGUAACACAUCUGCGCCAGGAGGUGCGUACCAUAACUGCGUGUCCUUGCUCCGCCGGCGUGGCUGAGAACAAAUUGCUGGCCCGCAUGGCUACCAAGUUGGCCAAACCAAAUGGACAGCAUUUGCUGGAUACUGAUGAUGCAGCAAAGUAUAUGGCUUCCCUGGCUUUGGACGUUCUGCCGGGUGUGGGCAGCAGCAUGACCUAUAAACUCAAUCAGGCAGGCAUGAUGACGUGCGGUGAUGUCCAGCAGGCUUCACUGGUGCGCCUGGAGAUGCUGCUAGGCAAGAAAAUGGCACAGACACUGUACCAAAAUUGUCGGGGCAAUGAUCCAAGACCUUUGGUCUAUGAACAGCAACGGAAAUCCGUCUCUGCAGAGGUCAAUUAUGGCAUACGCUUUACCAAAAACGAGGAACUGGAGAAGUUUCUACAACAACUAAGUGGUGAGGUGCACAGUCGUCUGAUUGAGAUCAAGCGCAAGACCAAAUCAAUCACCUUAAAGCUUAUGGUACGCGCCGCGGAGGCGCCUGUGGAAACGUCCAAGUAUAUGGGCCACGGCGUCUGCGACAAUCAGACAAAGUCUGCAUUGUUGAAGCAGAGCACCGACGAUCUUCAAAUCAUAACAUCCCAUGUGCUGAAGUUAAUGAAGGAGUCUGGUUUUCCGCCGCACGAGCUACGUGGCAUUGGCAUACAUUUAAGCAAAUUGGAUGAUAUUGUCGAGUCGAAGAAAGAGAAUGUGAUCAAGAAUAUGUUUGAGAAAAUGUCAGAGAAGCAAAAAGAGAAACCAGCAAAUGCAGCUGUACCCAAUAAGGAUCCAGAAGUGGAAACUAAAGCGAAGUCGACGAGUAUCAAUGUACUCAACAUGUUAAAGAACGCAGCUAACAAAAAGCCAACAGGAUUUGAGCUCAUUCCAAAGGGAGACUCAAUCAUCAUCUUGGACGAUGACUUGGUUGUGGAAGUUAUUAAGGAGCCGGAGGAGGUCAAAGCGAAGCCAACUGUGUUUAGCAUGUUAAAGAACGCAGCGAACGCUAGAAAAUCAACAUCAACAGAUUUCAUUCCAUUUGGAGAGUCGACAAUUUCAAAGAAGUGCACUCCAUCGGCUAUUGCACACUUCGAUAAGGAUGUCUUGGCGCAGCUGCCAGAAGAGAUUCGACGCGAGAUACUCAACUUUCCAGAGGAGUAUUUGCAGUUAACCGGAAGAGAUGAGCAGAAGAAACCCAAGGACUAUGAAGAAAUUCCCCAUAAGAAAAUGAAGAUGAAGCCACUUCCGCUCUCUCGUUCAAGUUCACGUUCCUUAACGCCACCUCCGCCUCCACCUUUGAUGCGAGGGGCGUCGUCUCCUGUGAGUCCUUUGAAUGAGAGUGACCUGCAGCCGUCCACAUCCAAGGCAGCUCUCGAUAAACAGCUGAAGCGAGCCUGUCGUUCGGAUAAAAUUGUUGCCGAUUAUGUUCAGGAGCUGCCACAGCAUAUACAUCCCGCAAUUCUGAAAUAUCUGACGCGCAACGAAUCAAUUUCAAAUGUUUCCUUGGUGAAAGAUGUGGUGAAAGAUGUGGUGAAAGGUCCGGUGACAAAGCUUCCUUCCAAGUCCCCCGAGCCGAAUGUUUUCAUGGAUGCCAAUUACAAGGAUAUGCUGGCCAAUUGGGUCAAGUCGGAGCAGGUGCCCAGACCGGCCGAUGUGGACUUAAUGUAUUCGCACAUUUGCUUUCUUGUUGAGGACAAUAAAAUGGACGAAGUCUACGAGGUGAUGAAGUACCUGUGUCGUCUUAUAAAGGCCAAACGCGCCAGUUGCUGUCGCUGGCAUAUGGCCUACAAUGAGAUCGAAUCCAAUAUCCAGGAGAAGGUGCAUGAGGUGCAUGAUUGUCAUAUUUACUUUACGGAGGUCAUCGACUGUUACAAGUGUGUCUAAGCCAAGCUUUACAAGUUAAUUAACGAGUUAAUCAAUUACUUAUACCAACGAUAGUACAAAUGUUCCUUAGUUGCACUUUGUGAAUAGCUUUUAAACUGAAUAUGUCUGUUAUUAAAUACAUAAAUACAAAAAUGUAAAGAAAGAGAAGUUGAAUCAGAGCUCUUAGCGCCAGUUGCUUUUGUUGCGAGUAUGCCAUAAAUUUAUUUAUAAAUUUCAAA